UAGGGUUACGGUUACUUUUAGGGUUGCCUACCUAUCAAUUUAAAAGGUACGGUUACUUUGAAAAAAAGAAAGGAACAAAAAUCCAUAUUAAAUCUAGUGAUUUGAAGAAGUCCUAAUAUUUAAGUGAAAAAAACUCAACGAAGAUCAAGUGAUUCUGAUGGAAGAAUCUAAGUUAUCUGAUCCAAUUAAACUAAGUGAAAAACGCAACGAAGAUGAAGUGAUUCUUCAGAUGGAAGAAUUUAAGUCUUCUGAUCCAAUUAAACCAAGAUCCAUUGAAAGUGACAAAGUUAUUCGAAGUGACCAAGACAGGUAUAUGAUAAUAGUCAUAGUAUCAUUGAUAUUAUGUUCAAUAUUGAUUAUCUUCCCUACAUUAAAGAUGUCAUCUUACGGUGGUAAAUUCAUGGAAGAACAUGACAUUGUUAUCACAUUAUUUCUCUCUCCUCUUGUUAUAUUUUUUCAAUUAUGGAUUGUUGUUAUUACGACUGAUCACCCAGUUAACGAUAGCAUCUUUUCGAUUUUAUUCCUAUUAUUGCUAUCAAGUGGAACUUCAAUUAUGGAAGUUAGUCUUGUGUCGCAUUCGACUUGUAUCGUCACUUUGGUCUUAUGGCUCUUCUGGAUUGCAAUUGUUGUUUGGGUUAAUUGGCAACAGAUUGCAAAUGUUGUUCGGGUUAAUUGGCAAAAGAUAUCUAGUUAUGAUAUAUCAUUAGCCUCACAAGGAAUGAUGAAAUUCAUACCAACUAUUUGUGAUCUUUCUUUAGUUUGCAAUAUUAUUUUCCUAGUGCACAUUUUUAGUUCUUAAUUUUGUUUUCUUCUUCUCUAUAGACUACUUUGG